AUGGUUGACACUCCAGAGGCAAUCGUAGAUGCCCCAAUGCAAGAACCAUCUCCAAUUUCUACCCCUUCAAAACGCAAACAAACUCGUAACGGUCACGGUCACGAGCACAAAGCCAUCACCAUCACAGCACCACCCUUUUCCUACAUCCAUCUCGAGCUUCAAUCCUCGUCAUUGAAGAAACCUCAGCUAGAUGACAUCACAGCAAAAUCGUAUAUCACAUCAGCACUGACACGAUUUCUGGGACUCCAUGGCUCUGCCAUCUCGAUUGACAUCUUGAAGACGGAGGGCAAGGAUGUCUGGAUUAGAGUUAUGAGAGAGGAUGCUAGUGCGGUGGCUGCGGCGCUAGGAGGAUGGAUUAAAGGGGUUGGAGAUGAGGGGGGUGAGCAGGUGGGGUGGACGGUCAAGGGGAGAGGAAACUGGUUGGUGGGUUUGAUGAGGGAAAGAGAUAUGGAGGGGGUUUGGAAUGACUGA